AUGGCAGAGGCAAAAUUUAUUGCACUGUCUGAAUAUUGUUCAGUGGUAACUUGGUACGUACAGCUGUUAAAGGAUUUAAAUGUUAAAGUAAGUGACGCUGUAACAGUGUUUGAGGAUAAUGCUGCUUGCAUUAAAAUGGAAACAGGAGGCAAGGGGCCAUCCACAGCUACACCGGAUUCUUCAUCAAGUCUCCCAACAGGAACCACCGGGACGUCAUCUUCCCUAAUCACUUCAAGUGCGCCACAAGCCACCUCAAAGCCACCGGAGGAUUCCUCAAGACAUACAACAGCAAUUUCUAGGACACCAUCUUCUAAAACCACUUCAAGUGCACGUUCAGGGGCGAAAGGGGCACUGCAUGUUUCAACAAAACUCCCCACAGCAACCUCUAAGACAUCAUCUUCUGAAACCACUUCAAGUGCACCUCCGGUUUCCUCACGGACACUGGCUGCUACAUCAAAUGUCUCAACAGUAAUCUUGGGAACACCAUCUUCUGAAACCGCCUCAAGUGCACCUCCUGGAGGCACGGCUACACUGGAUUCUUCAUCAAGUCUCCCAACAGGAACCACCGGGACGUCAUCUUCCCUAAUCACUUCAAGUACGCCACCAGCUGCCUCACGGACACCGGAUGUUUCAUCAAGUGUCUCAACUAUAAUCUCUGGGACAAGAUCUUCUGAAACCACUUCAAGUGCACCUUCGGGAACAACAAGGCUACCGGAUACAACAACAACUAUCCCAGCACCAACAUCUAAGGCACCAUCUUCUGCAGCCACUUCAAGGGCACCUCCAGCUGCCUCAGGGAAACUGCACACUUCAACAAGGCUCCCAACUCCAACCUCUGAGACACCCUCUGCUGAAACCACUUCAAGGACCCCUCCAGGAGCCUCACGCCCAACCGAUUCUUCAUCAAGCCUCCCAAAAGCAACCUCGGGGACAACAACUUCUCAAACCAUGACAACUGUACAUGUAAGUGCCUCAGGGACGCCAGAUGCUUCCUCAAGACUCUCUACACCAAUCUCUGGAACACCAUCUUCUAUAACCACUUCAAGUGCACCUUCGGGAACAACAGGGCCACCGGAUACAUCAACAACACUCCCAGCAGCAACAUCUAAGACAACAUCUCCUGAAACCACUUCAAGUGCACCUUCGGGAACAACAGGGCCACCGGAUACAUCAACAACACUCCCAGCAGCAACAUCUAAGACAACAUCUCCUGAAACCACUUCAAGGGCACCUCCAGGAGCCUCACGCCCAACCGAUUUCUCAUCAAGCUCAUCUCUUGCCAAUCCAGCAGGAAACCCUGAAGCAACUUUAUCAAACAGGACCUUCAGCACCUCUCUCAGAUCCCCCACCGGCUCAAUAUUUCCCACCAACCCAAUCUCCAGCAACCCAAGAUCUACUCACUUCAGCCCUAUCAAAACAAACAUCCCAACCUCAGGAAUUUCUCCUGGCCUUUCUGUCAAUCCUGGUUCAAUCGGCCCAAUUUCUUCCCACCCCGGCUUGACCAAUUCAGUACCCUUGAACCAAGAUCCCACCAUCUUCCAAGCAAGCAUGCCGACCUCAGGAAUUUCUCCUGGCCUUUCUGUCAAUCCUGGUUCAAUCGGCCCAAUUUCCUCCCACUCCGGCUUGACCAAUUCAGUACCCUCGAACCAAGAUUCCGCCAGCUUCCAAACAAGCAUCCAGACAUCAGGAAUUUCUCCUGGUGUAACUUCCAACCCUGGUUCCACUAUCCCAGGUUCGUCCUCAGAACCUACAGGAUCCACAUCUGACAGCACAGUUACCCUCAAACAGGGAGAUGAAGCUGCUCUCACCUAUUGGAUUAUUAUUCUGAUUUGCAUAGUCUGCAUCGGAGCUAUUUUUUUAAUGCUUUGCCUCAGUUUCUUGUUCGUUGGCAAGCUGAGAAGCAGCAAAGGUGAAAGUAGCAUGGGUAUGCUUCGAAGCUUGACACCCAUAUUUGCUUACUUUGGCCAAGAAAAGAAAAGUUCUGCCUACAUGUUCAAGAGACCAAUCCUCGGAAAAUCCCAUGGCAUUGACAACAGUUAA